GGGACUCGGCGCACGUGGCGUCGUGACGUGUUACGGCGACGUCGGGGUUUGUGUGCGCGAGAGGCUGCCGGUAAAGGUUGGGUGCCGCGCGCCGGGGGCCGUGGGGAGGGGAGCGCGCCCCCGCCCCCCGCCCGGCCCCCACUCCCGCCCCGCAGCUGCCGGGCCCCGCCUUCCCGUCGGCCCCCGCGGGAGGCCCUGGGUUUCCCGUGCUCGCUCCCCGGGUCCGGGCCGCAGGUGUGAUGGUUGGCUCCCACGCGGACAUGGUUCCCGCCUCCACUGCGGAUGGGGCUGGGGAGAAGCCUGGCCCCACGGCUCCUACUGCCCAGUACGAGUGCGGAGAGUGUGGCAAGUCUUUCCGGUGGUCGUCCCGCCUCCUGCACCACCAGCGCACACACACGGGCGAGCGACCGUACAAAUGCCCCGACUGCCCCAAGGCUUUCAAGGGCUCCUCAGCCCUGCUGUACCACCAGCGGGGCCACACGGGAGAGCGGCCCUACCAGUGCCCUGACUGCCCCAAGGCGUUCAAGCGCUCGUCCCUCCUGCAGAUCCACCGAAGCGUGCACACUGGCCUUCGAGCCUUCACCUGCGGCCAGUGCGGUCUGGCCUUCAAGUGGUCCUCGCACUACCAGUACCACCUGCGGCAGCACACGGGCGAGCGGCCUUACCCGUGCCCGGACUGCCCCAAGGCCUUCAAGAACUCGUCCAGCCUGCGGCGCCACAGGCACGUGCACACGGGCGAGCGGCCCUAUGCCUGCGGCGUGUGCGGGAAGAGCUUCACCCAGAGCACCAACCUGCGGCAGCACCAGCGCGUGCACACGGGCGAGCGGCCCUUCCGCUGCCCGCUGUGCCCCAAGACCUUCACGCACUCCUCCAACCUGCUACUGCACCAGCGCACGCACGGUGCCACCCCUGCCCCCGCUGCUGUCCCCUCCGCUCCCACACUCCCGCAGCCCAGCGAGCCAGGUGCAGAUUCCGUGGGCGCCUUCGUGCCGCAGCCCCACAGCCCGCCCGCACCGCCACCAGCGCCCCCGCCCGUGGUACCUGAGCUCUUCCUGGCAGCAGCCGAGACCACGGUGGAGCUGGUGUACCGCUGUGAGGGCUGCGAGCUGGGCUUCGGCAGUGAGGAUCUGCUUCUGGAGCACCAGCCCUGCCCUGGACCGGAGCCGGUGCCCGUGCCCACCCAGCUGCCCGCUUUGUCCCCACCCACGCCUGCUCCCGCCCCCGCCGCCCCGGGCUUCGCCUGCCUCCCCUGUGGAAAAUCCUUCCGGACAGUGGCCGGACUCUCCCGCCACCAGCAUAGUCAUGGUGCUGCCAGCGGGCAGGCAUUCCGCUGCGGCAGCUGUGACGGCGCCUUCCCGCAGCUGGCCAGCCUCCUGGCGCACCAGCAGUGUCACGUGGAGGAGGCAGCGGCUGGGCGCCCACCUCCCCAGGCCGAGGCUGCUGAGGUCACCUGCCCCCAGGAGCCCCUGGCGCCCGCUGCGCCCAGUGCCCCCGCCCCGACGCCGCCCACCACUGAGCGGCCCUACCAGUGCACUGAAUGUGGCAAAGCCUUCAAGGGCUCCUCAGGGCUGCGUUACCACCUGAGAGACCACACAGGCGAGCGGCCCUACCAGUGUGGCGAGUGCGGCAAGGCCUUCAAGCGCUCGUCCCUGCUUGCCAUCCACCAGCGUGUGCACACCGGCCUGCGCGCCUUCGCCUGCAGCCAGUGUGGCCUCACCUUCAAGUGGUCGUCCCACUACCAGUACCACCUGCGGCUGCACUCUGGCGAGCGGCCCUAUGCCUGCAGCGAGUGUGGGAAGGCCUUUCGCAACACGUCGUGCCUGCGGCGCCACCGGCACGUGCACACGGGCGAGCGGCCACACUCGUGUGGCGUGUGUGGCAAGAGCUUCGCACAGACAUCCAACCUGCGGCAGCACCAGCGCGUCCACACAGGCGAGCGGCCCUUCCGCUGCCCGCUGUGCCCCAAGACCUUCACGCACUCCUCCAACCUGUUGCUGCACCAGCGCACGCACUCAGCCGAGCGCCCCUUCACCUGCCCCAUAUGCGGCCGCAGCUUUGUCAUGGCAGCUUACCUGCAGCGGCACCUGCGGACACACGCGCCGGUGGGCACCCCAGCCGUCAGCGGCUCCCCGACCCCAGCCCUGCUGGCUGCGGCUCCUGCUCCAGCCGCCACCCAGGACGUGCACAUCCUCCCGCACCUGCAGGCCACUCUCUCCCUGGAGGUGGCAGGGGGUGCGGCCCAGGCACCACCUGCAGGUGCCGCGGCCCCCAAUUCUCAGACGUUUCUUCUGGUACAAACGGCCCAGGGCCUCCAGCUUAUCCCCAGUAGCGUCCAGCCCCCUGCCCCCCCACCCCCGCCCCUCCCAUCCAAACUCAUCCUACUGCCCUCCAGCCCCGGUGGAGGGGGCAGCCAUUCUGGGCAGGGCCCGAGGACCGUGGGGAAGGCAGGCCAGGGCGCUGGAGUGGUCUGGCUGCCUGGGCCUGGAGGGUUGGGUAUGCAGGGUGGGGGUAACUCUGGCACCUUCGGGGCUGGGCCAAGCCUCAUUGUUCUGCAGAAUGUGGGGUGUGGGGAGGCGGGGCCCCAAGAAGUGAGUGGGGUCCAGCUACAGCCCCUCCGGCCCACCCCGGAAGUGACCACAGUCCAGCUGCAGCCUGCCCCAGAGGUGACCACAGUCCAGCUGCAGCCUGCCCCAGAGGUGACCACAGUCCAGCUGCAGCCAGUGGCAGGCCAGCUCUCUAACCCCGGGGGAGCUGUUGCCACUGAGGCCCCCAACCUGCUGGUGGUUCAGAGUGGGGCGACUGAGGAGUUGCUGGCAGGUGCAGGCCCCGGGGAGGCAGGUGAUGCAGAGGCUGGUGCAGGCGUGGUGCAGGAUGUGCUCUUUGAGACGCUGCAGACUGAUGAUGGCCUUCAGAGCGUUCUGGUGCUGAGUGGGGCCGAUGGCGAGCAGACCCAGCUCUGUGUGCAGGAGGUGGAGACCCUCUCCUCCGGGCUGGUUGAGCCGCCCGCCCCCAGCCCUCAGGGACAGAAACUGCUCAUCAUCCGCAGUGCGGGGACCACGGAGCUGCUGGACAGUGGUGGCGUUGGGGGAGGCACAACCACCCUGCAGCUCCUGGCCCCACCACCACCAGCCCCCGCGGCUGCUGCCACACCUGUGGGCAUCCCUGCUGCCUCCGUUCCGCAGAUGGUGCAUGUGGUCCCAGCUGGAGCUGCGCCCGGGGCCAUCACCCCACAGGGGCUCCCCUCGAUCCAGAUCGUCCAGACAGUGCCCACUGUGCAGCUCGUGCACACAUUUUGAGUGGGAUCCCCAGAAACUUGCCAGGGAGCUGGGCUUGCUAAUAAAGACCAGGACCCUUC